AUGAAAGUCAAGAUAAAAGAAUGGAAUGCUGUUGCUUCAUGGAUAUGGAGUUUAGAUACAGAUAGAUGUACAAUUUGUUAGUUAGCAUUCGAAUAACCUUGUCCUAGAUGUAAAUUACCAGGAGAUGAAUGUCCUCCUGUAACAGGUGCAUGCAAUCAUCAUUUUCAUUUACACUGUAUAGUUAGAUGGACAGAAGAAUAAGAUUAUUGUCCACUUGAUAGAUAAAAAUGGAAAGUUAAAAAUUGA